AUGUUGUUGAACUUUUGCGCCUCUAUUUUAGGUGGUGCGCAAGCCGUUAAAACCAAAACCGAUACGGCAAUCGACAUAGCGACCAAUACUGAUGAUGGCAUUAAACAAACGACGAUCGAGAAAAUCUCUACCGAAGAAAAGACCAUCAAAGAAAAGAUGAAGACUAAGACGGAAGAGACAACUAUCAAGGAUGCUACCACCGAAGAAAAGACCAAGACCAAGCCGGAAGAGACCAAGACCAAGCCAGAAGAGACCAAGACAAAGCCGGAAGAGACCAAGACCAAACCAGAAGAGACCAAGACCAAACCAGAAGAGACUACGACCAAGCUAGAAGAGACCAAGACCAAACCAGAAGAGACCAAGACCAAGCCGGAAGAGACAAAAACUAAACCAGAAGAGACCAAGACCAAGCCGGAAGAGACCAAGACCAAGCCGGAAGAAACAAAAACCAAGCCAGAAGAGACCAAGACCAAACCAGAAGAUACUACGACCAAGCUAGAAGAGACCAAGACCAAACCAGAAGAGACCAAGACCAAGCCGGAAGAGACCAAGACCAAACCAGAAGAAACCAAGACCAAACCAGAAGAGACCAAGACCAAACCAGAAGAGACCAAGACCAAGCCGGAAGAGACAAAAACCAAACCAGAAGAGACCAAGACCAAGCCGGAAGAAACAAAAACAAAGCCGGAAGAGACCAAGACCAAACCGGAAGAGACCAAGACCAAACCAGAAGAGACAAAUACUAAACCAGAAGAGACCAAGACCAAGCCGGAAGAGACCAAGACCAAACCAGAAGAGACCAAGACCAAGCCAGAAGAGACCAAGACCAAACCAGAAGAGACCAAGACCAAACCAGAAGAGACCAAGACCAAGCCGGAAGAAACAAAGACCAAACCAGAAGAGACCAAGACCAAACCGGAAGAAACAAAGACUAAACCAGAAGAGACCAAGACCAAGCCGGAAGAAACAAAGACUAAACCAGAAGAAACAAAAACCAAGCCAGAAGAGACCAAGACCAAACCGGAAGAGACCAAGACCAAGACCAAGCCGGAAGAAACAAAAACCAAGCCAGAAGAGACGAAGACCAAACCAGAAGAGACCAAGACCAAACCAGAUGAGACCAAGACCAAACCAGAAGAGACUAAGACAAAGACCAAACCGGAAGAGACCAAGACCAAGACCAAGCCAGAAGAGGCAACCAAGACCAAAGACCCUGAACAUACCAAGACCAAGACCAGAGAACCCGAACAUACAAAGACCAAAGAACCUGAACAUACCAAGACCAAGACCAAAGAACCUGAACACACAAAGACCAAGACCAAAGAACCCGAACAUACCAAGACCAAGACCAUAGAACCCGAACAUACCAAGACCAAAGAACCUGAACAUACCAAGACAAAGACCAGAGAACCUGAGCACACAAAGACCAAGACCAAUGAACCUGAACACACAAAGACCAAGACCAAAGACCCUGAACAUACCAAGACCAAGACCAGAGAACCCGAACAUACCAAGACCAAGACCAAAGACCCUGAACAUACAGAACCCGAACAUACCAAGACCAAGACCAAAGAACCUGAACAUACCAACAAACACCACAAAUAUAACGAACAUCACAAGGAUAAACAUCACAAAGAUGAUGAACGCCACAAAGAUGACGAACACCACAAAGAUGAUGAACAUCACAAGGAUAGACAUCACAAAGAUGAUGAACGCCAUAAAGAUGACGAACACCACAAAGAUAACGAACAUCACAAGUACGUCAAACAUCACAAAGGUGCCUACACUACUAUCUAUUACCAUACCAAACACCAUCUCCAUAAUUAA